AUGACCGCAGAAGGAGGUAAAGGCAGCGAAAGAAAGAGGUUUUUCCACGAAGAGCUAGAAGACAGCAUUCUAGAGGCAUCUCUAGAAAAUGAGGACUCAUUUUUAUUCCAGCAACCGGACGCAAAUGGAGCACAACCGAAAGAAGAUGAUGAAAUAGAGAAGAUAAAGAAUGUAAUUCCUGACUUGACCUAUUCACAAGCCAGCAAUCUUUUGAAGCGUGCUGAAGCAGUAGACCUUCAUGGCGAAAGGAUAUCUACGGCCGUAGACCUUUAUUUUGAAAGCUCACCGACUAAUUACAAAUCAUCCCAUCCGUCAUCUGUACAGAAAGCAAUGCAACCCAGUCCUGCACAUAGCUCUACGGAAUCUCCAAAACCUCUGAAUAUGAGUAUAACAACUCCAACUAAGAGAAAGAAAGCAUUAGAGGGUAGCUCACACAAGAAGAGAAAGCACACGAUCGAAUGGCGGAGAUUUAUCGGUGCUCUUCAAGUGAAUGCCUUGGCUACGAGGCCAACAACAAAGCCAUUGCAAUAUGGUACCAAAUUGGAAAUAAUUAAGAAUUUAUCUGAUAAUCCUGCAUCUCGUUUAUACACAUCUAACGGGAAAAAGAAGGCAUCAAUGGCUAACUACGUAAGACUCUUCCAUCCAGAUUCUCGAAGAGAAGUCGGAAGAGUUCCUGAAAACAUAGCUCAAAUUUUGUUUCCUCUUGCUGAUACGGAUGAGCUUGAAUUUGAGGCAACCAUGGUUUUUUGUGAUAACAAACGAUUGAGCGUUGGGGAUACUUUCAUAGUUCAACUGGACUGUUUCUUGACAUCGUUAAUUUUUGAUAAAACUGAGGUACGUGGAGAAAAUAAAUUCUCACAGGAGAAAAGAUCAUUUUCCCAGGCAGUUGUCGAGUCCGAUGAUGAGCUUGAAAUGCGAUCUCGGAGACUUGCGCUACUGGCAUUAUUUGAUCAGGUACACAUGAGACCACAUGUUGAUGGGGUAGACAUCAUUACCAAUUCUUCGGAAAAAGAGGUCAUAGAUCUUGAGGAUGAUUCUACUGGUGAAGACAUAGACAGCAUCACAAAUAAGGACCACACCAUUCAGAACACUCAGAUACAGCAAGAUGUGCUAGACCUCAAGCAGUUGAAAUCUUUUUACAAGUCUGCUCUGUCCAUGGAGUCUUCAAAAAUCUUACCAGAAACGACUCCGCCUCCUGAGGUGUUCAAGCUGGACUUGAGGCCCUAUCAAAAGCAAGGCUUGACUUGGAUGUUGAGACGAGAACGUGAAUUUGACUUGUCACCAUCAGUUGGUAGCGCAGAAGACGUCGAUGGAAACAUGAUGAAUCCGCUUUGGAAACAGUUUUCCUGGCCAAGAGAUUUGUCUUGGACAACACAAAGACUUGAGGUACAACAAACGAUCCAAAAAUCUGAGGCACAAUUAUUCUACGCCAACUUACAUACGGGUGAAUUUUCUGAGACCAAACCUGUUAUCAAGUCCAUGCUCAAGGGCGGUAUUCUGGCAGAUGAAAUGGGACUUGGCAAAACGAUAUCAGUUUUGGCGAUGAUUUCCAUGGUGCCUUUCGAUGUCAAAUACGAUGAGAAGCGGCGGAUCGAAGAAAACGACGAUGUUGUAAUUACUGAUCAAGUUUUUCUCAAUGGCAACAUUGUCGGCUCCAAACCCUACGCUUCCAAAACAACCCUGAUAAUAGUUCCAAUGUCAUUGUUAUCUCAAUGGCAACAAGAGUUUGAUAAAGCUUGCAGAGACCCUAGCAUGCGCUGUGAAAUCUAUUAUGGAAGUAAUAUAAGCAACCUAAAGACUCUUCUCACAAGGACCAAAACUCCCCCAGCUGUUUUGUUGACGACCUAUGGAACUGUUCAGAAUGAGUGGAGCAGAAGUUUAAGCCAAAGCAAUACAGGCCUUUUCUCUGUCGAAUUUUUCCGUAUUGUCAUAGAUGAGGGCCAUACGAUCAGAAAUAGGUCCACACGCACUUCCAAAUCGAUGAUGGAUCUGACUAGUUCUCGAAGGUGGGUAUUGACAGGGACUCCUAUUAUUAACAGAUUGGAUGAUUUGUACAGUUUAGUUAAAUUCAUGAAGCUGGAACCAUGGUCUCAGGUCGGGUAUUGGAAAACAUUUGUAUCUGAGCCAUUUGAAAAAAAAGAUUACAAGCAAGCAUUUGAUGUGGUUUCUUCCAUCCUAGAACCAGUCCUCUUAAGAAGGACAAAACAAAUGCGUGGAGCUGAUGGGAAGCCUUUAGUCGAGCUCCCCCCUAAGGAAGUUACGAUUGAGAAAGUCAAAUUCAAUGAGUAUGAGGAUAAGCUUUAUAAAUACUUCUUGAAUCGUGCGGAAAAUUCUGUCAAGGAAGGGCUGGCCCGUGGUGAUUUGUUGAAAAAGUACUCCACGAUUUUGGUUCAUAUACUAAGAUUGAGACAGGUGUGCUGUCACGUCAAUCUACUCGGAUCUCAAGAUGAAAAUGACGAAGACCUAGCAGAAAGAAAAGGGUUUACAGAAAACGUCAACGUUUCCAAUCUUAUUGGGCAAAACGAUAAACCAAGUGGAUUCACUGAUGAUGAGUUUAAAAUAGUACUCAACGACAUAAAUGAUAAAUUUCCCUCGGAUGACAGUUUAAGAGGCUUGGAGUGUUCCAUUUGUACUUCAGAGCCCAUUGACCCUGUUACUCAAGUACUUUUCACCGAAUGCGCACAUGCUUUCUGCGAAAAUUGCAUAUUGGAAUACAUCAAAUUUCAAGGUGAGAAAAACCAGAAACCCAAAUGCCCCAAUUGUCGGCACGAAAUUGACCUGAAGAGACUUCUAAGCGUCAAGGAGUCAGGCGGUAAACUUUCCAUAACACUCUAUGAUAAUAGUUCAAGAUCUUCCAAGAUAUGUGCCCUUUUGAAAGAUUUGAAGAGAUUGCAAGAGGCUUGUCCUGGCGAGCAGAUAGUGGUAUUUUCCCAGUUUUCAUCCUACUUGGAUAUCUUGGAGGCAGAAUUGAGCUCAUCUUUUUCUUCUUCUAGUGCCAAAAUUUACAAGUUUGACGGACGACUGUCUCUUAAAGAUCGCACAAGAGUGCUAAAUGAUUUCGGUGUAAAGGAUCUCACUAGACUCAAGAUCCUCCUUCUCUCGUUGAAAGCUGGAGGUGUAGGUUUAAAUUUAACUUGCGCUUCUCGUGCAUAUAUGAUGGAUCCGUGGUGGUCACCAAGUUUAGAAGAUCAAGCAAUCGAUCGAAUUCAUAGAAUUGGGCAAAUCAACAACGUUAAAGUGACAAGAUUUAUAAUGGAGCAUAGCGUUGAAGAAAAAAUGCUACGAAUCCAAGAUAGGAAACGGUCUUUAGGUGAAGCUGUUGAUGCAGAUGAAGAGGAAAGGCGAAAGAGAAGAAUUGAAGAAAUUCAAAUGUUGUUUGAAUGA